AUGGAGGUACCAUGCAACACCAACCUCACCCUCGGGUUCGGCGGCGCCGCUAAGUGGAGGCUCGCCGGAGGAGAGACACCGCCGGUGCACUUCCACCACCUGUUUCCGACGCGCCCCAAGGGAGAGGCGGUGGGGGAUGUGGUGGAGGAGGAGAAGGAGGACCAGGUGACAGCCUCGUUGACCUACGAGGAGAAGGGAGCGACCAAGCUGUAUCCGAGGAAGGCGGAGGAAGAAGCGGUGGACAAGGGAGGACCCAACGAGAGCGGCGCCAGGAAGAAGCUCCGUCUCACCAAGGAGCAGUCCACCUUGCUCGAGAACAGCUUCCGAGAACGCAACACCCUCACCCAUGUAAGUAAAAUCGUCGUCGUCGUCGUCUGCCGAGGAAUGGUUCCUCCCCUCCAUAUCUGCUUGAAUAAUCUGCGAUUUCAUCAGCGAAGAUUAAUCCGACCAGAUGUAACCAACAGGUUCAGAAGCAGGAGAUCGCCGACCGUCUCAAUCUUCGUCCGAGACAAGUGGAAGUCUGGUUCCAGAACCGAAGAGCAAGGUUCGAUUUCGACUAACUCAGAUCCAAAAUCCCUGGAACAAUAUUAUCAGAGAUUUCAUACCAACAUGUAAUUGGGUUUAGGACCAAGCUGAAGCAGACGGAGGUGGACUGCGAGUUCCUGAAGAAGUAUUGCGAGAGCCUGAGCGAUGAGAACCGCCGGCUCAGGAAGGAGCUCCAGGAGCUGAGGUCCAUGAAGGUCCUCCCUAAGGCGGCAGCGCUGACCGUGUGCCCCUCCUGUCAGAGGAUCGCCGCCGGGGAGGGCGCCAGAGCAGUCGGGGCCGGCCCGGUGAGGGCCAGGUUAUACGGCUGCGCCGUCAAGGACUCCUCCAUGGCCUGUUAG